CAAGACAUGUCUUGCAAACAAAAGCUCCACCGAAAAGCAAACGAAGAAGCAACUUCUAAGCUAUUAAGCCAUCAUGGCUCACCACUUGUUUUUCUUCUCCCUGCUAAUAUUAUCUCUUGCAGCCAUACAAGGUACCCAUGCAGUUGAAUAUGCUGUCAAUGACAACACUGGAAACAGCGGCGGCGGUAAUCGUUUCAGAAACGAGAUCGGUGUCGACUACAGUCAGCAAACUCUGAGUUCCGCUACAGAUUUUAUCUGGAGAAUCUUCCAACAAAACAACCCAGCUGACAGAAAAAAUGUGGAAAAAGUCACCUUGUUCAUUGAAAAUGGGAAUGGCGUUGCUUUUGCUGUCAAUAAUGAAAUUCAUGUUAAUGCAAAUUAUCUAGGAGACUAUUCAGGUGAUGUGAAAAGGGAAUUUACUGGGGUGCUUUAUCAUGAAAUGACUCAUAUCUGGCAAUGGAACGGGAACAGCCAGGCCCCUGGAGGAUUAAUUGAAGGAAUAGCUGAUUUCGUGAGGCUAAAGGCUAAUUAUAUUCCUAGCCACUGGGUGCAGCCAGGGCAGGGCAAUAUGUGGGACCAAGGCUAUGAUGUUACAGCAAGGUUUUUGGACUAUUGUAAUAGUCUCAGAAAUGGAUUUGUUGCAGAGCUUAACACGAAGAUGAGAACUGGCUAUAGUGCUGAUUAUUUCGUUGAGCUGUUGGGGAAGACUGUUGACCAGCUCUGGAGUGAUUACAAGGCCAAGUAUGGUAAUUAGAAGGUCGAGUUGGCUAAGAAGUAAGAGCUGAAUAAAAUUAAUUACAGUUGUAGUUUCAUCCUCAUAUUAUGUACUUAUAAGUUGUCUAAAUAAAAUCCGAAUCGUGAUUGAUUACUAAGGCA